AUGGCAAGGUGGUGGGCAAGACGAUGGCAAGGUCACCCUACGGACUUGCCUGAAACGCAUGCGCCCGGCGCCGAGGACGCGGCCUCCGCCGCCACUCCUGCUGAUGUUCACGAAUCAGCGUCCUCCUCAACCUCUACCACCCCGUCGCCCCAGGACUGGCAGGCAGUCUGGUCGCCGGCCCACAAUGCGUACUACUUCUACAACUCGGUGACGCACGAGACCACCUGGACGAACCCGCUCCAGCCCUCCGCGGAGGCGGGGCCGUCUGCCGCGACCGGGGCGCAAGACACCGCCGAGACCGAGGGUGCGUCGUCGUCGUCGUCGUCGUCGUCGGCUGGGGCUGCAGGCGGCUACGACGUCUACGCGGCCGCAGCCGCGCAGGGCAUCGAUUCCGCACUCGCCCACCUCGAUCCGUCCCUCGCCGCGGCGGGCGCGGCGCCUGGGGCGGGUACAUACACGGCCAAGUUCAACGCCCGCACGGGGGCGUUCACGCGCCCGGACGGGCGGGACCCGACGCACCUGUCCGAGUACGAGCGCGCGAAGCGGAUGAACGAGUUCUACUUCGACGUGAACGCGUGGGAGCGGGAGGUCGAGCAGCGCAAGCUCGAGGAGGCGCAGGAGGAGGAAAGCAAGAAGCGGAAGGGCCGCCAAGAAGGACCUGGGGCGAAGGAGCGGUUCAGGGAACAGAAGAAGCAGAAAAAGCUGGCAAAGACGGCGUGGCUGCGUACAUAG